AUGUCCAUAAAUCAGUUAUGUAAUGAUACAGUAGAUUCACGUUAUUCUGAAGAAAUGAAAGAAGCUGCUGCAGUCCUUGAAAACUUGAAGACAACGGCGGUUACUACCUUACCUUCAAUCGAUAAUAUAUCAUCACAACCGCAACCGCUAGAACCUCGAACGCAGGCAGAACCUUCACAGCUUCCCAGUUCAGAAGCAGGUUUCAUGUUGUCGAUUGUGAAGAAAACAAUGGAUGUCUAUGAACAGGGUAAAGCCAACUCCCCUUUCAUAAAAUAUACGACCGAGAUGGUUGAGUCAAGUGUAUCUAGGUUUUCUAAACCAGUGAUCGAACAGCUUGCUAUAGUAGAUCAAUAUGCAAGGGGUUUAAACAAAAACGAGAAAAUAAUUGAUAAUGAAGGAAUAAAAUAUGAAAUUGAUAGUGAUGAUGUCUUAGAUAAUGAAUGCCUUAAACGAAGGGUUAGGGGUAGUGAAAUUUCUCGUAGUUCAUCACCUUCAUUUAGAAAACCUCAUCGAACUUCACAAUCAUCCGGUUCUUCAAACAGUACUUCUUAUGCCCCAUACACUUAUCCUAAUAAUAAUUCCACAAUAUCAGCAACUACGUCGACCUCUUAUCCAGAAACAAGAAGUCGUUGGCAGCGAAUGGUUAUAGGAACCGGUGCGGCUGUUGGUGCUGCCGGAGCUGCCGUAAGCGAAGAAUCUAUGAAGAGUCUCAAAUAUUGUCAAGAAUGGAUAAACUAUGCUACUCAACAUAUUGAUGCACAGAUCGCAGUUUUAAAGGAGUUCAUUGUUAACCUAACAAAUCCAUCCACACGAGCGGUUGCUCGAACUUCGUCUACCUCUACCCUUGCCUCGAUUAAGAAGGAGGUGGUUGAGACUCUUCGGAAAGUUAUUGAAGUAGUAUCGAAAUAUGCUGGUGUUUGUUUACCAGAUCAGGCAAAGAGAAACGUUAGGAACUUCAUUUUAAGCUUGCCUUCUCGAUGGGCUUCAAUAAAUCAUUCCGAACAUUCUUCUUCUCCUUCUCCAAUGUCAUCUCCACAAUUGGCUCCUGCAAAUGGCCACCCACUAAACCAAACUACGGAUUACGCACGUCGCCUCUUGAGUUUAGCCACGGAGUCAUUAGACAUGUUAAUAUCUGUUUCUGGAAUUUUUGGUGAAACAGUUACACGGGCGGAAGCAUGGUUGGAAAGGCUCAGAGCUGUUGGUAUGCCAACAAGUAUGGGAUCGAAUUCAACAGUGAAUAUGCAAUUUGAUAGUGUAUACGGUUCAUCCAAUUCAUCAUCACAUUCUCCUCCCGGUUCUCGUUCGAGAAGAACAUCCAAUUCUGUACGUCCGAAUGGCCAUGGACAACGAAAGGUUUCCCGUUCAACGCCAGUUGAUGAGGAUGAUUCGGCUUUUAAUGGACAUAAUUCAGAUUCUUCAUCAGAUUCCGAGGUUGAACCUAUGCGUAUGGAAAUGGAUCACGCUCAAAAGCGCGCUUUAAAGAAAGCAAAUGCCAAAUCACAAUCAAAUGAAAAAAAUAAUAAUUUUUCAGAGACGAUGUUUUGCAAAUAG